AUGAAUAAGUUCAGAUACAUUAUUAACAUUAUCACAAUUAUCCUUGCAAAUAACUCGUGGAGUUAUUCUGACAACUCAGCUGUGUCCUUUGCGAAUUCAUGGCAAAAAAACAGACAAGUUAAUGUAUCAGAUAUUAGAGCUAUUCGAUCUCUUAGUGAAAAGGAAAAAAAUGGAGAAACGGAAGAUGUGGGAAAAUUUGAUGAGAAUGAUGAUGAAGGUUAUGAUAAAGAUAGAUAUAAUGCCUUGACGCAAGAUUACUUUGAUAUGAUGGAAGAGGACCUUAAUAAUAACAAAGAAUUUACACCAAGAAUAACUGAAAUUAUUAACAAUAUAGAUCCUAGGGCGCAGUUAAAUUAUUAUAUGGGUAAAGUGAAAUGUAGUGAUAUACGUAGGGCCAGUUCAAAAUAUAGAAAACGUCUAUGGAGAAAAAUUAAAAGAACCUUAAGAGCCAUAGAUAGAACAACAGAACGAGAAAUGUACUAUAUAUUAAAAUCGAAAUAUUAUGCCCGCUCUAAUGCAUUUGUAGGAGGUCGAAAUAUGGCACAAAAGUUAAAAAAUUUUCUAUAUAAGUAUAAAGUAUUUACCCCUGUUUUGUUAUUUGCAUUAUUGUCAUACGUUUCCAGCACCUACUUUAGCGCACCAGGAUUACCUGCCUUCUUUGCAUUAACAUCUUUUUUCACUUUCAUUUAUCUUGCUUACAAAUACGUACAAUGCUCCAGAAGACUUAGAAGAUUCCCUGAACAUAUCUCACAACGAUCUAUAAAUAAUUUCCGACAACGAUUAAAACGUGAAAUAGAUAACGAAGAAAAUGAAACUCGCCAUUCCAGACUGAGCAUGGAUGACUCAACAGACGAUAUAAAAAUGUUUUAA